AUGCCUCAACAUGAUUUGAGGGAUGGGGGGCCACAGUUUUUCAAGACCUGUGACUGGCUGAUUCAGCUCGCAUGUGGGGCUACACGAGCCACUGCCUCUGCCAAGGCCCCUCAUUGGCUGUCUGAGGCUGAGCGCCGUGUGCCAACUGGCAGACUGUUCCGCCAGCUGCCAACGCAUAUUGUGAACUCUGUUUACUCUUGCACUUGA